AUGGAAUCCUCAUCUAAUGAAAACACCACAACACCCAAAGAAGCCACAAUCCCAUCACCUCAAGCUUCUUCAAGUGCCGAGUUAUCAUCCAAUUCAUCAAAUUCCACAGAAACAAAUUCUCAACCAUCUAAUAAUAGGCUUCAGAUAGAUGACAUCUAUAAUUUAAAUGAAUCACAAAAGGCUGCUUUAGAGAAAGCAAAGGCCUAUAUAAAAGAAAUUCAAACUGUGCUAUUACAAACAAUUGAAAAAAGGAACGACUCGUUAUCACCGAUUGAUUCAUAUUAUUUUUCAACUUCUGCCUCGGGAUUAACAUCUGGGAUAAUGGAUCUUCGAUCUAUAUCUGUAUUAUCACGCAUUUAUGUUGGAUCAAUUAAUUUUGAGUUAACUGAACAACAUGUACGUGUUGUAUUUGGUCAAUUUGGUACAAUAAAAAGCAUCAGCAUGUCUUUAGAUCCACUUACAGGCAAACAUAAAGGAUUUUGUUUUAUUGAAUAUGAAACUCCUGAGGGUGCAUCAUUGGCUCUUGAAACAAUGAACGGUGCUGAAUUGGGCGGAAGACAGUUGAAAGUUGGUAGACCAAAUAAUUAUACAGCUGCUACAGCUGCUGGAUUUUUACCACCACCAAAGACUCGGAUAUAUGUUUCGAAUGUUAAUGAAUACAUAAGCGAAAGAGAUUUGAUGAGUAUUUUUGAGUCAUUUGGCAAGAUCACACAAUGCGUUCUAAUGCCUGAUCUUAUUACAAGAAAACAUAAAGGAUAUGGAUUCAUUGAGUUUGAGGAUGAAAUUGCUACAAAUACAUCGGUAACAUCCAUGAAUAAUUUUGAAUUGGGAGGGUUGAUGUUACGUGUAAGGAAAGCAGUAAUUGGAGGGCCUCUUAGUGAAGCUGCAACUGUUAAAGCUCAAAAUGUAGCAGCAAAAAUAGCAGUAGAUAUUGUAUCAAGAAGUCAAACGUCUGUGGAAUCAGUUGCUCAAGAAGAAAAUAUGAGCAUUACCUCCAGUCAACGUUAUGCCAUUAUGCAAAAGUUGGCAAGACAAGAUUCAUCUCCUGUUUUGAUAAUUCGUAAUGCGGUUGUCCCAUCAGAAAUUGAUGAAGCUCUCGAAGAUGAAAUUCGUGAUGAGUGCAACAAUUAUGGUAAGGUAGUUAAAGUAGUAGUCCAUCUUAGUAAGGAUGAUAAUGAAUUUGAAAGCGAAGAGGAAUCGGUGAAAAUUUUUGUUCAAUAUGAUGAUGGAGCAACUGCAGAAAAAGCCAAACAAAAAUUGGAUAAUAGAUGGUUUGGUGGACGUAGGAUAAGUGCAUCGUCAUAUGAUUUUAAAAGAUUUCAAUUAGGCGAUUAUUCAAAUUAG